AUGCUCAAGUCCGCCGAGUCCGACAUAGGAGUCGAGAGUUCGUACAUGACUACCCAGCCGAUUACGGCCACCAGUGCACUACCGAUUGCACCACCGAUCGCCUCCGACGCUGAUCCAAACCACUUCUUUGUGCCUCGCCAUGUCACACCUGAUGACAGGCACAGUACCAGCUCCGUCCAUCUGGGCAGCCCACCGCACUUGACGCACCACGCACGGAUCGACGUUCACGUUCACCACGACGAGCAACUGAUCGACGCUCGCGCUCACCACAAAGAACACGUGCACAGCAUGUUCACAACGCCCCCCACCGCGACGGGCACGAGCACGGUCACGCUCACCACGAGGUCAGGCACGUGCACGCACAGCAAUAGCCUCUACGAACCGGACACCACAGUCCGAGACACGACGCCCACCUCCUACCAGUUCCAGCCUUCCACGGCUCCAUAUCUCCCGCAUGAGCGACAACGACCGCGGCUGUGA